AAGGAAGAAGGCAGAGUUGCUUGCCAGUGAUCAGAGCAUCACCAACGUAAAUCGUUUCAGUUUCAUCUGACUCUCUUAGUGUGCCAAAGGGAUAUCUACAUGCAUGCUUGCUAACAACAACUUCCCGGGCUCUUGCGGUGAAUAAGAAAGACAGUUUUCUUAAACAUGGGAUGCAGCUUGUGCUCUCUGCAGAAGCAAGAGGAACAGUACAAAUUGCUGUAUGAAGUUUGCCAGGUAAAGCUGUUUGCUUUGAAUUCUAAGGACGUAUAUAUGUUACUUUAGCUGCAUGACAAUUGCUGCUAUUUUUAUUGUCAGAGCAAGAAGAAGGAAUAGGCAAGGAAUGUUAUUCCAUUGUAGCAAGUAAGCUAUUACCUUAUUUGACAUGGGCUUUGGGAUUUAUUUAUAUUUUAUGGUGAUGUGCCUUAUGACACAAGUGCAGAGGUUUAAAUAUUCGUUGAAAUGCACCAUAUAUGUAAUAAACAGGCAUCUAUAGCUACAAGGCAGUAGACCCUGAGACCCUGUCCCCAGCAUGAGUUAAGGAAAACAUCUCAGCCAGGGUCAGAUCUUGGUCAUGCUCUCUUUGAACAAGUUUGGAAAGACACAAGUGAUGAUUGAUGUGGCGGAGGGGUUGGUCUCUGUUUACCAAUAGUUCUAUGGUGCUUCUUUCUGGAGGACAAAUGCACUAACUUACUCACCACAGACAGUGAACCACUACCUCUACCAAUACUUUGGCUCAAGUUUAAUUCCUGUAGAUUCUGUGUUUCUGUCAGUUGUAAAAAUUUCUUUUGCUACCCAGGGGAGAUCCCGUCUAGAAUUCUUUCAUUAUCUAUAUACAAUAUUUUCUCUUUCCCUACUUCUCUGGCUACAAAGCACAGUGAGAAUAAACGAACACUUGAAAAAUCAUUCUGCUCUAUAUAGUCCAUGCCAUUUUUUAAAUAUUUGUUUGAGCUCCAGCUAUUUGCCUCUUCAGUUGAUUCUGAAAGGUCAUCUCAUCCCAAAGUACAGGUUUGUAAAGAAAUACUAUAAUAGUAGCUCCAGUAAAGUUAGACAUAGCAUCAAAAGGAAAUGCAGAAUUUGACAAGACAAAACUUGUUUUACCUUCUCUUUACCAAUAACUAAAUAAAUCUGAAAAAGUGGCCAUCUUUAUGCACUAUAUGUUAUUUGACUCUAGAAGGGAGAUCUAAACAAUAAUUUUAAAAUAUAACUGUGAAUAUACAAAUUGCAUGUGGGGUGAUUCCGUCUUUACAAAGUACUUUAAGGAAAUGAAAAACAGAGCACCUAGCAACAAUUAUUGCUAAAUGCAAAAAGUGUUUUGUUUUUACAUUUGCCAGCAGAGGGUGUUGCAAAUCACAGAGAAAGGUGAGAUAGUCUUUGUUGUGGAACUACUCAUGUCACUCACAACACAGUUAGUAAAAUGGGCCUUGUGUUGUGUACUAGCAGGAACACAGUUGAAUUUUAAGCACCAUUUCCCAUAUAUAUGUCUCUGACACUUCCCAGAGAACACAAUGGCUAAGUAGAAAACUUUGUAACUACAAAUAGAAAGGCAUGCUCACUGUUGUGGUUGUUUUAUAUCAGCUCCCUUGAUAAACAGUUUUCCUGUGUAUUAGGAGAGCAAAUGUUUUAGAAAGCAAGGUAGCAAGACUUCUUGGGUAUCAUCACCACAAACUUAUAUUAACAUUGUUCUUGCAAAUUUUAUCCUAAGGAUUAGAUACUCUGUCAUAAGAGUUAACCCGUAACACUUCCUUGUUUUUUAUUAUAUAAAGAUCUUGAAUACUAUUAGGCUUUAGUCCUAUGACCGCUUAAGGAAGGAUUUGUGAUUAUAGUUAAUUCGCAUUGCAGAUAGGAACUUUGCAAAAUGUUUGUAAAGUAUUGGUGGGGAGAGGGUCUUCAUAAAAAUUUUGAUAGCAGUAAUGGACCUCAGUGCUGGAAAUAAUUAGACACAGGUUUACUGAGGGCCAAUUGGAUUAUUAGAAGAGUUGUAAGGGGGGGAGCUAAUGUACAUUAAAUCUCAAUUACUUGCAGUUUCAGUGUACUAAGUGUCAACACAGCAAUCUCGAUUUCAGAGAAAGAAAUCCUGCUUUUAUUUUGAUUAGGAGAUACUAUGCAAAUCAUUAAUUUCAAAGUGAAAAAUCAUAUCUAAGAAAUGGGCAGUUAUUUUUUGCAUAAGGUGUGUGCAUCCAUAUCUUGACACACACAUUUUCCCGUUCACUGAAUUUUACCCCUUAUUUUAGGUCAUGAGCAGCCUGAUCCAUGACCUAGUUAAAUGGAAGUACUUGAACUUCAGCCAGUUUACAGCUUGAACCCCAAGCCAGCUAAGUUGGAAUAGUAGGAUUUAGCCAAUGGUCAGCUCGGUCCUAUUGAUCAGCUUUACCGGCACAAACAGCAGUUUUGAGCAGCGAGAGCUGAAGCGAUGUACUGCACUACCGCAUUUGCCCAGCCUCCCUUUGCUAUUAGAGUUCAGCAGCAGAGGGCUGCUCUACUGCUCCUGAUUCCAAGGCUGUUUCUCAGUCUUUGGCAUGGUAACAGAGGGCUCACCCCAUGGCCCAGCCAAUCCAUGCAUGAAACAGCUGUGCUGGAAAAGGAAGAAUGCUGAUACAGCAACAUUAAUGGCCAUGGCUUUGGCAGUGCUUGGGAUCACACUGGCACUGCACUUUCUCACAUGCACAGUUGAUCUUUAUGGUUUGCUUCUGCUCUACUAACACAGCAGGCUUGGGCUUUGUUGUUGUUGUUAAGCUGAAUAUUACCAGUGGUUUAGAGACUGGUGCAUGUUGGAAGGGCUGUUGUGCCAACUUCACUUAUUUUUGCAUGUGCUGGGGGUGACCACAUAUUAAAUGGGAAUCCUACGUAUAAUAGAUAUCACUGGGUAUUGGUUACCAGAUGUUCAGGAGGUAUUAUUACUGGGCCAUAUUCCAGACAGUGCAGAAUAUGAAGUUCAUAGAUGUUGAUUCAACAUAUGCUUGAAGUAGCAUAGCGUAAUGUUGCUCAAUUACAGAAGCACCUUAAUGUGCCACAGUGAAGAGCUGGUUCAGUAAGUUGUGGGAUAUAAUGAUGAUUGGGGGGGAUGGCAAGUUGUGUAAAACUGAGAGAUGACAAUAAUCAGAUAAUUGUAUUUCCAACUAUCAUAUAUCAUACUGUAUUUUCUUCUUAGUGUAUUUGUAUUAAAGAACCUGAAAAUACAAAACAAAUGUAAAAGGCUUGCAUAGCACAUUGUUAAAUUCUCACAAUGUGAAUAAAUGAGACAUGCUUUCACACACACCUGCAGCAGGAUGAGAGCUGAUUCCACUUGAUGCAGUCCUGUGUAGCUACUGGAUGCAAGUGCAUAUGAGACCCAAGGCCAUGUGUCUGUCAGUCAUCAAGUGCUUGACCCCAUCCACAUAGUUUCAAUAUUCAGAUCAAUACAGUGGUACCUCUGGUUAUGAACUUAAUUUGUUCCUGAGGUCCGUUCUUAACCUGAAACCAUUCUUAACUGAGGAACCACUUUAGCUAAUGGGGCCUCCCACUGCCACUGCAUGAUUUCUGUUCUCAUUCUGAGGUAAAGUUCUUAACCUGAGGUACUAAUUCCAGGUUAGUGGAGUCUGUAACCCAAAGUGUUUGUAACCUGAGGUGUUUGUAACCCGAAGUACCACUGUAUUCAGAUGUAUACCAUGAUCACAUAGGAUCACAGCACAAAAAGAGACACCUGGAAGUCAAAAGUGAUCAUGCCUGCCAAAUCUCUGCUGGGAAAGUGUUGGACAAUUGACACCACAUGGCUGACUUACAGUUGAGCCCAGUCAGGCCUCUGUAGCACAGGGGACAACUAACAGCACCCUUCCAGAUUAUCUCAGUGAACAAGCUAGCAUGUAAGCACUCAGAAGGUCCUUUGGCCUAAUCCAGCAGAUUUCUCUUAUGUUCUUCCCCAGACAGACUCUUUACAGAAUUUUGCAAAAGUUUAGCAGUUUUGCAUCAUUGUUGGCAAGCCGGAGACUUAAUACUAGCUGCUGAGGAUGAGUCUCAAGCUUACAAAAUAGUUAUAUUUUAAGGUUUUGAUUAGGUUUGCAAAUUAGUGCUUAACAGCACCAAAAGUUAUUCCAGAUUCUACAAAGGCCUGCUCAGCAAUAAUCUUUAAAUGUCAUUCUGUUUGUUUGUUUGUUUGUUUGUUUGUUUGUUUGUUUGUUUGUUUGUUAAUAUCGUUGUCAUUCCUCCCAGGAGGGAAGGGCAGCUGUGAGCUACCUGGCUGAGACCUUUCUGGCUGAAUAGGGUUUUUCAGGUAGCUAAACAAGAUGUGCAUAAGUUCCAUGAUCAUGAAUUAAGUUCCUUCUGUCUCCAUAUAAUAACUCUCAUUUCUCAUUCUCAGUUUUUGAAUUGUAAAAAUCAUAUAUGGUGCUACGUCAGGACUGUCAUUCAUUCUGUCAUUCAAGCCAUUUUCAAAACUGUAGCCCUCUCAAUACAGCUCAUGUCAAUGCCAUUAAAAACAAACAUAAAACAUAUUCAAAGCAGUUUUAAAUAUGCCCAAUAGAAUAAAAUUCAGUAAAUUUUGACAAGGACUCGACAGCAGCAUGUACUACAAAAACUUACAUUGAAAAUUAAGGGGAAACUAGGCAAGUUUUUGAAACUUUCUUAAAAACCAGAACUGAAGGAGCCAAUCAUACAAUUAUUAGAGAUGCACACUCUGCACUGAGAAUAUAGCAGAAGGAAAGGAAAGACAAAUUGUGCAUUUUUAGAGCAAUACUAUCUCUCUGUAUGUUUGUCUAUCCACGUCCGUAUUGUAAUUGGAUGAAUCAUGAGCUGUUCCUAUGCGCUUUUGACUUACAGUGAAAAAACUCCAGUAGAAGAAAUGGGGGAAAUGGUACUUGAAUGAAAACACAUGCUCUGGUUGCCAAAGGCAAAGGGAGCUCACCCCGUCAUGAGCAACGGGAGCUCACCCCGUCAUGGGGAUUCGAACAGCUUACCUUCUGAUCAGCAAGCCCUAGAGGCUCAGUGGUUUAGACCACAGUGCCACCCGCGUCCCUUGCACUAAUGCACUAGCCAUGCAUUUAUUUUAUUUUAUUUUAUUUUUUAGGCCGUAGAACAGCAUCCAUUUGAGAGUAACCCCAUCAAACCCAGUGGGGCUUACUUCUGAGUAGAGCUGCAUAGGAUUGGAGAUUCUUAUUUGAAGUGGCGAUGGAGAAAACUGAGGAAGGGAGGUCUGUAUUCUGGACCAGUUAAUCCAGAACACUUUUGUCUCUGGCUCCACCAUCACUGGUUCCACCAGCAUACAGUAAUACUUUCCAAGGGAAUGCAGCCCUUGACAGAGUAAAAAAAGAUGGUUCUCCCUUACCUUAUAGGAAUACUUCAGCUGGGAAGUCUGAAGGGAGGGAGGUUCUGAUUUUAAAGUGACAUAGCGUAGACCCUUCAUUGCAUACAUAGAUUUGCGUAAUCUGAAGACUUUUGUCAUGGGCUGGGUUUUCUGCUGCUUAAUUAGUUCAGCAUUCUCGUUGAUAGACUGGAGACCUGUAAUCUGCUGGAAAAUGGCCUUUAAUGACUGUGGCGCCUGUCCAUGGCUCAGAAUCCCCCUUUCUUAAUUAGACCAUUUACUAGAAACUGGCAAUUGAAAUUUUCCUCUUAAUUUGAUGAUGAAUAAUGCAACACCUCCAUUGGAUUCUCUAUAGAAAAUACAGUUUCUUCAUGGUAGAAGGGUUUUUUUGUUUAAAAAAAACAAGUCAUGGUUUGAAAGUUUUGUUUCUUUUUUUAAAAAAAAAACCCCUACUUGUUAUGAGUGAUGCACUAAAAUAGCUUCAAGUACCUUUUUGCAUUACAGCCUUCAAAAUAUUAAUAUAGUAAUUCACCCAAACAUGUAAAAUUUGGAGUAGGGGGUGCCUUUACUGUGCUGGGAGUAUUUUUCUCUCCUUAAAAUGAUAAAUGAUUGGGUGAACAAGUUUGUAAUGGUUUACAUAUAUACAUCUGUUCAACGCUAUGAAGCAGGUGGCAAGAAUUCGCAGGGGAGGAAGCACUAGGGACAUUUGCUCUGAGCUUUACUGUCACAUGUCAAAUACUGGAAGGGAAAACAGGCAUAUGGAGCAGAGGGAAAAGUGCAGGUUUAAUAAAUGGGCUGUGUUAUGUUCAUUAAUAAUGAAAGGGAAGGUCAUGACUCAUUUUCAGGAGCACCAAAAGAGCACUAAAAUUGUGUAUAUUGGAAUUGAGACAACUGAAUAGUGGUGCAAUAAGUGUUAAUAAAGCAUCCAUUCACAUUUUUCUGACUUGGUUAUGUGGUCUGAAUCUAAUUGCCGGGGCAGGUGGGAAGACUCAUUGCUAAAAGGCAAAUAUGAGUAUGAGCAGCCACCAGAACUGCAAAAGAACUUUUUAAAAAAACAACAACUAUUUUACCUAAUACAGAAAAACAACUAGGGUUUAGCAAAGAGGCCGGCCGAAUUUGGGGGGCUGAGUUAUCUGAUAAUGCAUAACUGUGAGAGAAACUUGGUUCUUGGCCAUUGAAAAAGUCAAUGAGCCUAGUCUGUAACACACUGUAUAAUGGUACAGUUGAUUCCACGCCCUCUGCCCCAGACAUGCCCCAUUUAACUCCAGAGUAUCGGUUCAGCAAUACUUUGGCUUAGCCCAGCUUUUAACAAAACUGUGCGCAUAUCCACCUGUUCACCAACCCAGUAAUUCAAAAGCCAGGUUCUAAACAGGAGAUGAGAAAGUAUGAGUACAAGGAACAUGCACUAUGCUGAAUAGAAAGUGGAUGGAAACUGUUUCCUUCCUUGCCCUGAUGUAACCAGACCUGUUGCUCCAAAUACCUGCAUAAUUGCAUAUUGUUCUCCCAUUUAGCCCAGCCUCCACUUCCAUCCAGUUUUAUUCUGUUUCUUCCAUGCCAAACUUUAGAUUGUAAAGCCCUUGGAGCAGGGACCUGUCCUCUUCUACUCUGCAAAGUGUGGAUGGCACUAUGUAGAUGAUGAUGAUGAAACAGCUGGCGGCGAUGAUACGUGCCAGCUGUUAAUGUGUGUGGUGGUUGUUUUUAAUAAGUUAAGUCUGAAGCGUGAGAACAAGCCUCUUGAAUGGAUCCUUGGACUGCUGCAAGAAUUCUGCUCCCCCCUCUCCAGGUCCAGUCCAAAAGGCACAAUAUAAAAAGCAGAGUCAUGGCAUAUGUUUAGGUGCACCGUGAGCCUGGUUUUCUGAUGGAUGCAGUAACAGCACAAGCAAGUCAAACAAUAGUUCAAGCCACCAGUCUUCUUGCAUCAGCCUCCAAGAAACACAGGAGCAUGACUCCUAGCAGGUCAGACUAUUUGUCCAUGUAUUUGGCAGCAGCUCUCCAAAAUCACAAGCAGAAAUGUUUGUCUUUCCCAUCGCCUGCACAUGACCCUCUUAGUGGGAGAUGUUGUGGAUUGAAUCUAAGACCUUCUGUUUGCGAAGUCUGUGCUCUUCUCCUUAGACGUGAUUCCUCCCCAAAGCCUAUGAUCUCCUGUUGUAGCUAGAUAUACUGCAUUUAACAAAGCUCCUCUCAGCUAAGUGCUUGAGACAUCAUAAGCUUUGCAGCCUCAUCAGGAACCUGGCGGUGGAGUGCUGCCUUGACGUUCUGAAACUGGAGGGGGCAACCAACGAAAGUGACUCUUCCCUGAAGCCUCAAAACAGCACUUGGCUUUCUGAUAAUGAACAUCUGACCGUUUGCUUGUGGGACCAGGGAGAAUCUGCUGUCAUUUUAUGGGUCUUCACUCUUAGUGUUUUAUCAUAGAUGGUAGACUUCUUUAGAUGUUCUGCCUUACCAGCACUAUUGCAGUAGCUUCUGUCAGUGUUCCCAUGCUUUUGAUGUUCCAUCUAAAAAUUCCACUACUGUGACACCUAUGAAUGAAUGUUUUCAUCAGCAACCAUGGAAGCAACACACCUCCCAAAGGUUGAGACCUGCUGCCUGCAUUGUCAGAGGCAGAAUUCUCCAACUGCUGCAGUUAUCCUGAUAAAGAGGGCACAAUUACCAUUCCUAUCCCAUCACCCAGUCUAGAUCUCUUAAGCCAGGGGUGUCAAACUCAAAUUCAUCGGGGGCCGCAUCAGCAGUUUGGUCACCCUUAAAGGGCCGGUUGUAUCUGUAGGACUAUGUGUCCACUCUUUAUUAUCAUAAAUUAUUGUCACUGCAUUCAAUUAUUACUGUUUUUUGUAAUAAUGUUCACAAUAAGUGAACUAGGCAAGAAUUUGCUUCCUCUUCUUGCCCUCCCCCCACCCCCAAACCAGUCGCCUCAAGAUCUCUCCUCCUCACUCUGCCUAACAGUAGGGCCGGCCUCAAACGCAUCCUCGCCAGGCCCCUUUUCACUCUUGUUUUUAUUGCCGGGCUUCCGAGGGAAGCAGCAGACACACAGCCUGCCCUUCUCCCUGCCUGCUGCGGAACAGCUCAGCCUCUCGGACCAAAGCAGGAACACGGAAGCCGCCUAAGCCGCGAGCAGCAUCUGCUGCAACCCCUGGCAGGCACUCUGAAGCCAAUGCGCCGGCUGCUGCUGCUGCCCGCCGUUUCCUUGGAGGGAGAUGGAACGCGCCCAGUGACCCCUCUCCUCCUCCUCGCUGCCUGCCAGCUGGGCUGGCGGCUGGGAGGGAGCGGGGGGCGGGUGUGGGGAGGGGAGGGGGCAGGGCUGCCUGCUGCAGUCACUCUGCUGCCACAUGCCCCAGUCCCGGGAGGGAGAGGGGAAAAGAAGGCGCUGCUCCGGUGGAGGGAUACAGCGCGCCGUAUAAAAAGCGCGCUGUGCAGCCUCACACCUACAGCAUUUUUGGCGAAGCCUAACCGGAGCCCGGCUUCUUCUCACCCUGCCACUCCCAUGCAUUUGCUAGCUUCAGCGGCUGCGCCGGGGACUCGGUCAGGCCCGCGUCCCGGAGCUCGGCUGGCGAGCUUGUGUGGCUGAUCUUCGCGUUGGAGGGGGGCGGGCGGGCUGCGGCGCAGCUGGAUCACCAACCCUCUUUGGGCACAGCUGGCCUGGAUCAGUGGUCUCUCUCGCCUGCUUUCCCCCACCCCAUUCACUGCGGGGUCUGCUCGGAUGUCCUAAGAGGGGGGUGGGGGUGGCGAGGGAGCCCUGACUUGCGCUUUCGCUCCCGACCCUUGAUCCUCCUUGCCCAACCCAAAUCUUCACCCUCCAACUCAGCCACCCACGCACCCUCUUCCCAGCUCUGGGGCUCGUUGCAGUUCUCGCUUCCUCUCCUCAGCAAAAGGAAGGGAGGGGAAUAAAAACCCGGGGCUGCGGCCGGUUCCUGUCUUUCAGAGAAGCCGCUUGCCCGGAACUAGAAUAUAAGUAGAUAUUCAAAUGUACACGGGCCACAUGACGAGGUCUGGCGGGCCGGAUUCGGCCCGCGGGCCUUGUGUUUGACACCCGUGUCUUAAGCCUAUUGGAUUCUUCUCAUUCAUCAUGGCUACCCUGAAACAAGGCUCUCAGUGUGUCACCUCACAAUUUCCAUUAUUGUCCCCUGGGCUCUGCUUGACUGUUCCCUUGGGUGCUUCUAAUGAAAAGGCUACAUGGAAAUCAGAUUUUAACUCAGUAUCAGUAACUUUUGGUUCAAAGCAAAUAGAUUAAAAUCUAUCUUUUCGGUUUAGGCCAGCCCCACUAUAUAUAUGAGAAUUGUUUCCUUCUAUAUGCCAGAGACACACCAAAAUAAAUCAGUCAUGCAAGGUUCAUUCUAAUUAACCUGUCUCAGUGUCGUUUUCUUUAGGGCUGAGGUUUCCCACUCAGAAUUUUUUCCUUGGAGAGCUAAAUAUUUCAGAGAGGACAAGUGGAUUUUGUUUUAUUCAAACAAGAAUUUUCUUUUUAGUCUUUUUCUUUAUACCAUCAAUAGCUUACGAGAGAAAAGGGAAGUGCACACACUUCAAAACAGUCUGUUGCUAAAUAAUACAGUUCUGCAUCUAUAAAAAAAAGAAACUGUCCUUUCUAGUGAAAUAAAAGAAGGAUUAGAUGAAGCUGUAAAAAGAAUUAACCUGUACUUUGAACCUCUUUUCUCUAGACUCUGACGGAGAAGAGGAGAUUUAGAAAAUAGGGUUUUUUUGCUGUUGCAUUUGCCAUAAAAUUAUACUGCUCCCCCUCCCUAAAAUGCAGACUUCUUAAAAGCUGGCUAAAUAAGUGUAUCAGACCAUAAAGUGUGCUCUAAAUGAGACACAGACAUCUGUAGUCUGUCAGAAUGGCAAAUUUUGUAGUACAAAUCCCAAGGAUUGGCAUGCUUUUCUGUAAAGGAAAACUUCUUUUUCUUUAUUAAGCACAAAUGUUUUCUUAGACGCAUUUGUCAGUGGCAUAAUGGACAAUGCAGACAUAAUAGAUGAUGCAAAAAAAUAAAAAUGUUUGCUGUUCAUUAAGUCAGUAGAAAGCCUGCCUUGUCUGACAGGCAGUUCAGUACAGUAUAUGAUUUUAUUUCAAAACAUGAAGAUUACUGUAAGUGGUCUUUCUUUGAGUAUCUCUUUCUUUCUAAUCAAGUCUGAGAAGGUGGCAUCUCAAGACAUGUCCUGAAAAGCAGAUUCACAAGUGCAUGGGUGGCUUCCAUUUUCACUUCCUGUUGCCAUGUCCAAAAUAGGAACCCCUCCCCCAUGAGAGUUCAAAUAUUUGUUCUCCUUACAUUAAAAUACAGCAGCAUGCAGUAGAAAACACACGUCUACUUUGUGUUGCAUGCUUUUAUCACAAAACCUGAUCCACACGUAGAUCUCUCUUCAGGUGUUAGGGCAAUCUGGAAAUCUAGCAUGUGAGGGGUGUUUCUCCUCCACAAAUUGGAAGGUGACAAUCUAAAGCAGACAGCCUCCUUGUACUCAUUGAGACACCCUGAGUUGUGGAAUUUGCUCAGUUUGUUGUGUUAACCUCUCUGUUUCUGAGGUCCAGACACCUUUAAGAACCCGAAUAUGCUUUUUAGCUCCCAUGCAAAAGGCCUCCUGUGGUGGGUUUUCAGCAUCUCAGGUAUAACUUUUGGUUCUGCUUACUUGGUGGGUGUUUCAUAUUGUGUGUGGAGUUUUCUGUGCCAACACCUUCUGCCUUUAGGACUUUCAGGUCUUGGACUGAAAACUCUCCACAUUGUUAAGAAGGAUCCAUUUGGCAGAACCCUUUGGACAUAAGUGGAAUGUGGAGUAGUCACCAAUUGGCAGCAAGCAGCCUCUUUACCAGCCCUAGGAACAAGGCUCAGGGGAGCUUACAAACACAGCUCCUCCCACUGCCUUACAUAGACUUAACCUGCUGACCAUUUCUCUUGUUGUGAACCUUUAUUUCCUUUUGCCCUUAAAAAACAAGAGAGCUCCCCCACCCCCUUUUCACCAAAUCCACAUGAUUGAUGUGACUGUUUCAGAUGUCCUUAGCAUUCUCUUGCUUGGAAGAUUUUCCAUUUGGAUUUGUGCCUGGGCCUCCCACUUUUCACGUUAUGGUGCCAUCUAUUCUUGAUUAGGAACAUACAUCAUGUGUUGCCUUAAUGCUCUGUUGUAUCAUUCCUUUUCUCUCCCAUGACUUCCGAGUGUCCAUGUCCAUUGUGUACAGAUGGAUCACACUGUCCCUUUUACAUCCUUUGCUACUCUGUUUGCAUGAUAAGCUGACCAACUCAUCUCAGAGCCAGAUCCACCAAAAUUCAUUCUCUGCAGUACCCUUUUCAGAUUGACCGUAGCAUGUCAAAAUUCAUCAUUGCUCAAACUCAGAAAUUACUGUUAUUUAUAGCACCUUAUACAUUGCUACUUAUUUUGCUAUAUAUAUUUUAAUCAUGCUAAUACAGCGAUACCUCAGGUUAAGUACUUAAUUCGUUCCGGAGGUCUGUCCUUAACCUGAAACUGUUCUUAACCUGAAGCACUAUUUCUGGGUUAGCGGAGUCUGUAACCUGAAGCAUAUGUAACCUGAAGCGUAUGUAACCCGAGGUACCACUGUACAACAUCACCUAUGCAACACCUGCAUAUUGUUUGUGAAAUUCUUUAAAGAAGGUGAGAAUUCUUUAAAGUAACAUAUUCUGACAUCAGUAUCAUACCCCUUAAAAAAAAUCAGAUGGGCCACAAAUAAAGGUGAAGGCUGCUAUGAUAUAAAAGAGGAGCCAUAGCUAGCGUGUAGAGCCAGAAUGGUGUGAUUGUUAGUGUGUUGGACUGUGAGCAGGGUUCGAAUCCACACUUAGCCAUGAAGCUCACAGGGUGACCUUGGGCUAGUCACCAUCUCUUAGCCUAACCUAACUCAGGGUUGUUGUGAGGAUGAAAUGGGGGCGGGGGGGAGAGAACCAUGUAUAUGACCCUGAGCUCCUUGAAAGAUAAAAGUGGUAUAUAAAUGUAAUAAAUGAAUACAUAUAAAGGAAACCGUUAAGUAGCUGCACUCUAAGCCUGGUUUCGCAAUGGAAUUAAUAUGUGCGCAUACCAGCAAAUUGAGUGUUCAGACUUGUUGUUACUUGGUCUCUUUAUAGCAAGUCAGACUAUUUAUCCUUCUAGGUCUGUAUUACCUAAUCUGACUGGCAGUGACUCUCCAGAAUUUCAGCCUUUGCUUUUCCCAUCACCAGCUACAAUAUAAUUUUAAGUGGCGUCUGAACCUGGAAGCUUCUAAGCCAUGGUUAGGGAAACUAAGGCCUGGGGACCAGAUCCAGCCCAGUCACCUUCUAAAUUCGGCCCACGGACGGUCCGGGAAUCAGCAUGUUUUACAUGAGUAGAAUGUGUCCUUUUAUUUAAAAUGUACCUCUGGGUUAUCUGUGGGGGCUGCCUGGUGUUUUUACAUGAGUAGAAUGUGUGCUUUUAUUUUAAAUGCAUCUCUGGGUUAUUUGUGGGUCAUAGGAAUUUGUUCUUUUUCCCCCUCCAAAAUAUAGUCUGGCCCCCCAUAAGGUCUGAGGGACAGUGGACCAGCCCCCAGCUGAAAAAGUUUGCUGACCCAUGUUCUAAGCAUUCAAAACAUGUGAGCUACCACUUAGUUACAGCAUACAUAUUAGAGGUACAUUUUCAGUUUUAUCUUCUUUGUAAACUGCUUUGAGCUUUUUUCUACACUCAAGCGGUAUAUAAAUUUUAUUUUUAAAAAAAUUGGGGGUCAAUUGUGACUCGUACAAGGAAGCAGGUUGUGUCCCCAGGUUUAGCUCUGUGUGAUUCCUCACUGACAAAAGUAAAGUAUUGCACUUGGAGAGAAUUUUGUAGUAGGGACUGGCAGGGGCCAUUGACAUUUGUCCCCACUGUUAGGAAUCCCAGAGCUGGAGAAGCAGAACAUUUCUCUGUGCAGAGGGUAGAGAUACACUGUGCAUGUGCACACAUGCGCAUGAGUAAAAUAUGCCUUCUUGCACACAAACACUGCCCAUCAUAAUGAGUGAGCCCAAGAACGUCAAAAAUAGCUUCUUUAAAUCACGUAGUAGAUCACCCCAUAUACAGGGUGCCAGUUGACAGAAGUUACUCUAUAAAUCAUAUAAGUGACUGGUUUCUUAUUAAAAUAUUCCUCUUCCAAAGAAUUAUUGGGCUGGAUGUGCUUUGCCAUUGAUCUUCUUCACACACUAUGAGAUCGUUAUAAUUGGAUUCCCGGGGCAAGAUAGACAUCUUGCUGGAAUACCUCAUUCUUCAUUAACAAUGUUCAAAGUUGUCUCGCUAGUAGGAUAUGGGAUGAGGUGUCAACCAUUCUGACACUAAUAUAAAUCUAAACAACUCCCAGGAAAGCAGUAGUGUUAUGUUGGAUUCACAUGGCUGAUCUUCUUCCAUAUCCUGGUGACUUUUCCAGUCACCCCAAAUAGCCCCAUGUGAAAGAUCUAAUAUGCAAUCAGCAUACCAAACAUCAAGCAUGCUCUUCUCAUGGGUAAGAACUUUUCAUAACACCAAGUUCCCAUUUAAAUCUCACUAAGGGGUGAGUGGAAAGUAGCUACAUGAAUUUACAGUUCAGGCCUCAAGCAAACCAUGGCUGCCAUGAGUUCAAAAGUGGUUGUGCAAUGGUGUCCACACAUCUCUGGGCACCUUGAGCUUUAGCAGGCAAAUGGCUGGAAUUGUGGGUUUGCAAGGCCUGCCAAAAACCAGCCCUCUUGCUCCACAAACACUAGUUGUCCCAUCCCAAGUACUAACCAGGCCCAACCUGGUCGGGCAGGACUGGGUGCUUUCAGGGUACUGUGGCUAUAGGAAAAAUGCACGAGUUCUGCCUGCGGUACUAUUUACCCCAGCUCCAGGGGGUUUUGUGGAUUUCAGUCUAUGAAUUAAGAGCAAGAGCAGAGUCCAAGCUUCAGAAAUUUCAGUCUUCGGACAUUAGAAUGAUCUAGGUGAUCAUAACAUUUGAGCAGCCAUUCAGAGAAACAAUAACAAUCUGUCAUCAGUUCCUUCCUCCCAGCAUGACUCUUAUGAGUCAGGGGUUAUUUUAACAAACUCAUAAUACUGGAGAACAUGCUCUGUUGCUAAUCCAAGGUAAAAUGAUGACAAGACCUCUUGACAGUUGUGAGACAUAAAAGCCAGCCCCCCGGCUCCCAUCCAUUAUUGUCAAUACAGCCUUUUCAGUAACACUGCACCCUUCUGAGGAACAAACUGAGUCUCUCUUUCUCUCUGUUCCUUCCUCCCUCUCCUCUCUUUCUCUCUUACACACACACAAACACUAACCACAGUGAGACAAAGAGAAGUCGAGGCAACACUGUUUUACUUUAUCCCACAGUAGUCAGUAUCUCCCACUGAGUUAGAAGAGUCAAAAUAAAGGAGCUGCAAUCAAGAAGCCUGUUUAAAAUGGGAGCAAAACUUUCACCUACCCUCUCCUGAUACUGGGUUUGCUAAUGCACUGAACAGACAGCAGCUUCCUCUCCACACCCUCCCCACCACCUCAGAACCACAAGCAACAACAGAAGCCCUUGCACUUUUCCACACACAUAUCUGUCAAUGGCUCCCAUUGACUUCUGCGGAACAAAAUUAAUACAGCUCAUGAUAAUACUGACGGGCAGUUCAUUAGUUUCAUCAUAAACAAAGGAAGCCCGUGUGAGAGGAGGAAGGCGUGAACCUUGCCAUCCACUAAAAGAAAGGAAAUGAAAACAGGAAGAUUAAAUGUUUUGCAGAUGAGCGGCUAAGGAAGCAACUAAAUAAAUAAAAUUAUCUGUGGAGCACUACUGCCAGUUGUAUUCGUUUCCUGUCUUUCUACAGAGCGUAUUAGCCAGCUCUUCAGAAGGUUAUAUGGGAAAAGAGUAAGAAGUGUUUUCCAUAGAGCACAAGUUCAAACAUGGCCCCUUCCCCUGUAGGUUGGCCUCUUGUGCACUCACAUCUUGCACAUGGUGUAAUGCUACAGCAGGGGUGGGGAAACUUUUUUAGCACAAGGGUGGCCUUCCCUCAUGGGCAGUCUUCUAGUAGCAACUUACUAGUGAUAGCCAAGACUCUGUGCAAAAGUGGGCAGGGCAGUAAAUGUGACUCUUGAAGCAGGUUAUGUUCCAGCCAUGCCAAAGUCUGAGGUUGCUACACACAGCACAGUCAUCCUCCCCACCCUCCUUUUAGGCAAGCAAAAGGCAUUAGCACAGUUCAAGCACACGUUCCAGCUGUGCAAAAGCACUCAGGGAGAGGGUGUGAUCACUGGGAAAGGUGUGGUCAGGGAAAGGUCCCAGUGGCCAAACAGUGAAGUAUUUGGCCCCCUGGCCUGAGUCUCUUCACGCCUGCCAUAUGAGCACCAAAAGUGGGAUAAGUAUGAGACAUAAUCUAAUGUUUAUACUGUGAAUCCCAUAUAUUCCACAAAAGUUAGCCCUGACCAGUUACUGUGAUGAUUCACCUUUCAACAUGGCCAGACAAUGCUUUCUAAAGUUUACAGUCACUUUAGAGGCUGUGUUACUUAAGUGCCUUUUCUGUUUAACAGCGAACAGCUAUCUUUAGCAAUGUUACACUCAAUAUAACAUGGGUUGUUUUGAUAUGCUUUAACUCUGAUUGCUUUGUCACCCUAAUUGCUUAGUCUUGUAAAGAAAAGAUCAGUACUAAACCUCGGGCAUUGGAAUUUGCACAUUUCGUUUAUUGUAAAUAAUAAAACUUUGGACACAAUCAGCAUUUCUCUUACUAACAGAAAACAUUAAAUUGGGCUUAAUUUUACAGCUGUACAAAUUGUAAUGUGUUCAAGAGGGCGAGUUAAUGGUAUUUAAUUUGACCAGGCCAAAACUGAGCAUGCCUUGUCUUACAUUUUUGCAGCUGCAGUCAGCACCAAGUGCUUACGCAAUGUGUGGGGUAAAACAGAAAUACUUUCGUUCUCAGGUUGAAUGCACACACUAGAUUAGGGAUGCACAGCUUAGAGCACUCUGAAAGCCUCUUUUACAUUCAUGUUAAUUUAAGAAGGCUGUACUGCUUUGUCAGCUGCAGGGAUGCAUUUUUGACACAUUUUUAGCCCAGCCUUUUCUUUUUAGCUCCUGUUAACUCUCUCUCUACCUCUCAUUCUAGAGCUCUCCUUUUCCCUCUACACUUCAAAGCAUCUGGUCUCUGGACCACCACAGAUUUCUCUUCAGCGUCAUCUCAUCUGUAUUCACUUUUUCCUCCAUGCUUAUCUGCGUCCCACCUCUAUUAGCCUAUUUUGCACUCUCAACCCCAUACCACUAUGUGCCUGUCUCCUCCUUGCAGGACAGCUCAAGGCCUCUCUCUAUUUAAUAUUUUCUUUUUCUCUGGAGGGUGUAGUGGGGGCAGCCUAUAGGUCUGCCUUAUGGUCAUCUGAGGCGAAGGGGGUUGCACCAGGCUGGGAAGUCUGAACACUGUCUGGUGAUGUGCAAUGGAUCAUGUCUGCUAGAAAUGAAGCGUUUCAGAGAGGCAGCUGUGGUAGUCAGUUGCGACAAAAACAGCAGCCUUGUGGCACUGUAGAGAAUAAAUUUAUUGUGGCAGAGGCCUUUUGAAAGCCACAACACCACAAAACAUGACACAAUAAAUCCGUUAGUCCUUAAGGUGCCACAAGACUCUUUGUUGUUCACCUUUAAUUUAGAACUGACAAAUCAUUAAGUGCUUAUUUAUUGUAUGUAUUCUGCCCUUCUUCCAAGGCGAUCAGAGCUGUAUUUUUACUUUACAGCAGCCUUGUGAGCAAGCUUAGGCUGGGAUAUUAUUACUUUGUCUAUCUUGGUAAAGCAGAUUCCAUGGACAUAUCAGAAGGGUGCAAAUUGUUCAGUACUGGCAGGAAGGAGAGUAGCAGGAUUACAGCUAAAAUGAGGGGUUCCUGAAAAGAAAGGAGGUCAGUGGUAGACCUUUCAGAACCCUGGACAGAGCACAUAAAGCCGACUAUUUGUUCCAAGAAACAUAAGGCACAACUGAGCCAUUAUGGUCCUGGACCUCUCAGCUGAGCCCUUUUAUGCUCCCCUUGCUGCCUAGUGGAGAACCUUAAAGGGGCAACUGUCUGGUCUGGAGCCUGAAAAUCUGUUGUCUAUCCAUCAGCUUGCAUCAGGCACAUUGCCUGGGUUGAUGUAUCAGCUCUGUGGAGGCAAGUAGGUCAGCCCCUUGAUAAUGCUGAGAUGGGGUGUGUGUUUGUUUGUUUGUUUGUUUGUUUGUCUGUUUAAUGUACUUAUAUCCUGCCUUUCUCCCAAGUUGGGAAUCAAGGCUGCAUGCAGCUUUUAAAAAACAUAGUCGUAAAAUCUAAAGUAAUAAAAAUAAAAACCUAGUUAAAAACAACAGUCAAAUUACUUUAAAUCACAUUUAGAAUGAGCAUUUAAAUAAUGCUGUAGUAACUGGAGACCCAGAUUCAGGGAUCUCAUGUGCCACAGCCUUCAGCAUCUACAUCUCUGUGUCUCUGUCUGAGUCACUGCUGGACAAAGGCCACACACGAGUGCCACAGCUGAGCAGAGAUUUGGAACAGGGCUUUCCAGAUCUAUAAUCAAUACUGUGGCUACUGUGGUGAACUGGUUCUUAAAGCUGAAAUAUUAAUUAUGCUGGCAUGGAAAUGAAUUCCCUCGGUAUCAUUGGAAUUCAUUUUUUGAAUAGAUGUGCUUGGAAUAAUCCAGUCUAUUCUAAUUAGCAUUACAGAGCUAUUUGAUGACUUUAUACACACACUCCAGUGAAAUGCCAAUUGCUGAUCAUAAGCAGAAGAGGGCUCUUGCACACAUAUUCUGCUUGUUGGCUUCUCCUAGGUAUCUGGCUGGCCAGUAUGUGGACAGAAGAGCAGAACUCUUCUAAUGUGUCUCUUAUCCUCCUUUCUUACUCAAAAGGCAUCUACCAACAAAAUCCAUUCUUUGUUCAAGAACCACUUCCAAUCCCAACUCCUUGUUCUGAUUUUUACCUCUCCCACUCCUCUCUUCUCAACUUCUGCUGCCACCAGACUCCAUUUUCAUAGCAAGACAACUAUGGAUACCUAGCCAAAAAAGUACCAAAAUGUGGGUAAUAGUAAAGCAAUAAGUGUUUCCUGAUUUGUGAAAGGAGCUGUCAUAUAUUUCAAAUCAGGAACUUCAGUCGCCCUCUGUUGGGUUCUGGGGUUGUUGAAUAAGAGAGCUAGCCUUUUAAAAUGAGAAUUUCUACCCAUAUUGAAAGAUGUUCAGCAAUUCUUCUCACUUACAGAGUCCCACUACUAAUGACUUUCACUUACUGUAAUCCUAUUUGGGCAUUGUUGCUGCUGUGUUCCUCAACACUGGAGGAGGGAUGAUGCCAAGUAUCCCUGCCCUACUAGCCUUUGUGCAAAGAGCAUGACUGUCUUCAUGCACAAAUGCUCUAUUGCUACAGACAGUUGAAGGCUAAGGGCAGCUGGAUGCUUCCCCUCACCUGUGCAGACAAGCACAGGAGCAAGAACUGCCAAAUAGAGAACAGACAUAUAAUUUUCACUUACUAUUAUUUCUCCUUGCCAUCAUUCAUUUUUUAAAAAAAGUUUGAAAAGGCUAGCGAGGGGAUGGAGUCCUUACUUUUGCAGAUGGGGUGCAACCGCCCUCUGCAAAGUCUAAAUAAUAAAUGCCUUGCCCUGUAUAGAUGCAGAGGCCCAGGCCAAGUGGAGAAGGAAUUGUGCUUAAGGUCAUUUUGAACAUUUUAAUUGCUGCAGGCAGGAAAACGGAAAGACUUACGUUGGGUAAAGGUAAAGGUACUCCUGACCAUUAGGUCCAGUUGUGGAUGACUCUGGGGUUGUGCCCUCAUCUCACUCUAUAGGCCAAGGGAGCCGGCGUUCAUCCGCAGACAGUUUCCGGGUCAUGUGGCCAGCAUGACUAAACUGCUUCUGGCGAACCAGAGCAGUGCACGGAAACUCUGUUUACCUUCCCGCUGGAGCGGUACCUUUUUAUCUACUUGCACUUGACGUGCUUUCAAACUGCUAGGUGGGCAGGAGUUGGGACCGAACAAUGGGAGCUCACCCUGUCGCGGGGAUUCAAACCACCGACCUUCUGAGUGGCAAGCCCUAGACUCUGUAGUUUAGACCACAGCGCCACCCAUGUCCCUUUAUGUUGGAUAUGUGAAUGUAAAUCCUGAAACUGAUCAGAAGCACUAGUUAAUUUCUGAGUGGAAAAGGAGCCUGAAACCGAUGUUAUCCCUUUUUGUCAGGAACAUCUGUUCUCAAAUUUGUUGUAUAAGGUGUGUUGAUUCCUAGUGGUUUGCAGCCAUUUUACUUCAGAUAUGCACCUUCAAUAAGGCUUCCUCCUUGCAGUGUGAUUUUUAGUAAUUUCCCUGGCUAGAAACAGCCGUAGUCGUAAUGUUUACAAUGCUAGCUGAUAUAAAUUAAUUCAUCUCCACUGAAGUAACUGAUAGGCGUUCAGGAUCUGGCCAAUGAAGUGUGGCAAAAAGGAUGUUUCAUCAAUCUCUGAUUAAUAAUGCUUGUAACAUUUAUUGGAGUGAGAUCUGGCAUACACUCGACAUUAGACAGGAAUAUUACAAGCCCCCUUCUUCCUUAAUUGAUGUCGGCACUGCAAUAAUGCCAAAGAUGUUACAAAGGUACUAUAGAUCAUCAUGUUGCUUCCAACUGUCCAAGAAUAAAUAAGGCAUUUGGACAGUGAAACAUCUUUAGUCUGCAAAAUAGAUAAUUGCCACGCAUUUUAAUUAGAAGUACUGUGUUAAGCCUGGUUUGAGUGAUAUCAUUGAGCUAGGAAAAAAAUUCACUAGUAGUAGCAGCUUGAGCACUUUAGAUGUUCCUUUGUCAAGGUAUAGGUGUGCAGACUCCAGUCUUAAGAUGGCACCCAUUCAACCUGAAAGCAGGCUUAGCAUUUUCCCCAUGUGCCAAUUUCACAGUGAAGUUAACUUCUAAUGCCAGGCCUUACCAAGAUUCUGAAGCAGGUAAUUUUUCCUGCGUGGAGUUGUGUGCAUCCUGAAACAGAGGUGUAAACAUAGAUGUCUUAAAAAUUACUGCCAGAAGCAAAAUUUGUGAGGCCUGCUUUGAUCUCAAGUUACUUUUCUGCAUAAAUCUGCUCUCUCGGAGCUGUCUUGCACUCAGUCCCUUUCAGAUCUAUUGUGCUACACGUUCCCUAUAAAUAAACUCUUGUUUAUAAAAGAGAACAGAAGAAUGUAUUUCCUCCCCAAGCACACCACCCAUGCUUUGAGUAGCUAACAGAACAAGGCUUUUGAUGUACCGCACAGCUUCAGAUACAUAGCCUGCUUCAGCCUGAUGCAAAUUCACUUCUCUGUGGGCAUCCAGUCCAUAUAUGGAAGCUUUAUGAUCAAUUUGGGUUGACUGUAAAACUGAAGGAACCAGGUGUUUCUUCAUACAAAGCCAUUAUUUGAUUUUAUAUGGCCAUAUUGACUUGAGAAGAUCCAGCUUUUUUCUUUCUUUUAAAAUAACAGAAGUGAUCCUAAAGGUCUGGUCCACAAAACCACUUACUGCAGGGCACUCUUGUCAGAUAUCAUACAAGUUUAGAACAAAAAUCUGCCAUGAAAACUUUGGCUUAACUCAUUUAUUUACUUAUAAAACUGUUCAUAAGCUGUUUGGGGGAGCGUAGACUAUCCAAGGCAGCUUAUGUAUCAUUAAGAAAAAUGCUAACUUUUAAAAAGUGACAGUUUAAAAGCAGCAGCAUGACAAGUAUCUUAAAAAGAGGCCAGUUAAAAAAUAAAACAGCAAAAUAGAAAUGGAAUAGGUCUUUUUAAUCACAGGCUUAAUUAAGAAAUGGCGGCCUGAAACUAAUGGGGUUUAAGCCCCAGUUAAACAUUUGAAAAGUUGGGGCCAUUCUCUGUCCACUUACCCAAACCUUGCAUGGUUCUAUACACCUCUAUCAUGUGUCUUACUCACCUUUUCUCAAAACUAAAGAGGUGCAAAUGUUGUAAACUUUCCUCAUAGGGAAGUUGCUACACCCCGUUGCUCAUUUGGGUUUCUCUUUUCUGAACCUUUCCCAACUCUGUAGUGAGAAGAUGCAUACAGUAUUCCAGGUCCAGGUGCACGCUAGAUUUGCAUAGGUUUUGUUUUAUAUUCCUUUCUGUUAUGAGUGGAUGCUUCAAGUUCAGGCAUGAGGAACCUGUGACCCUCCAGACAGUGUUGGGACUCCAUCUCCCACCUUCCCCAGACAGUGCUGCCCCCAAUGGCCAAGGACAAUGAAAUUUGUUGACCAACAACUUCUGCGGGGGCCACAGGUUUCCCCAUCACUGCUCUUGUGCUUAGCAUACCAUCAAUGUAAUAAAUCCCCCUUAGCCCAAAUUGAAAAAUAAGUCAAUGGCAAUGGUAGUUAAGAGUGGACACAACAGUUCUUGUAAGUUUAUUUAUAUAGAGAACUUUGGGUCUGUAGAUACAUGUUUAUCAACCUGGCCAUGUGAUCCUGUGAGGUCAUCAGUGAUGGCUUCCACUUGAAUGACCAGAACAAAGUUGGAUAUAAUGUAGGAAGCAUGUGCUUUGAACCAGAUGCAGCAAGCUUGUGAAUCGCCUGGCACUAUGAUCGUGGUUAGCAUCCCAGGAUGGCUGCAACAGGUUGUUAAUUUAUAAUAAGCAGUCACUGUGCAUGGCAUUCUAAAGAAUUGCAGCAGAAAGGCAGGUCCUUGACCCAAGGGCCUUAUAAGCCAAAGUUCAACAGGAAGGAAGGAAGACAGAAGGAAGAUCUGGUUUCAUUUGAGUUGCACACAUGAUGGCUUAGUUUCCAUAGGGCAAUAGGACUAAGGCAUUGUGCCAAAGAUGAGUUUGGGAAGGGAUUUGACAGAAGGGAGAAAGUUGGAUUUCUUUUUUUCCUUUCUUUUUAGAGACAUAAAGCCCUAAGGGACAGCAAGAGGGAAAGGUCGUUUGAGAAAACAUAAGGCUUUUGGAGCAGCCAAAGGUGCUUUAUUUAUUUGCAUUCAGGCAUAGGUCAGCAGUGGUCAAGCAUUGCAGUGGACAGAUACUGGAGGAUAUAGCAAUGGCUUUAAAAAAAAUAAACUUGAGGCAGGUUCCCAUUGGUGCAAGCACUGUGCAAGGUAUCCCACUUGUGCAAUGGGAUUUCUACCCUUUCCCAACCCCUGAAAUUGCCUCUUGGGGUGUCAGGAGAGCCCUCAGAACAGCCAGGGGAAAUCAUUUCCCCCAGCACAUUCACCAUAGCACAAUGUUAUAUUUUACCCUAGACAAUCCCUGCAAGUGGGGAGUUUCCAGUGGUAAUUUGGUUUCAAAAAUGGAAGGGCCUUUUCUACACCAAUAUUGGUGCAGGUGUUUCUCUUGUUUCAGAGAUGGGGGAUACAAAUUAAUUUUUAUCAAGUAUGACAGAUUGCCUGAGGCUACCUAUAAGUUGCAGUGAAAAUGACACAGUGGAUUUCAGUUUAUCCCAAAGAAGGGGGGAACCCAUGUAAUGCAUGCUGGACAAAAAGCAUAUGGAAAUAAUUUGGGGAAAGGAGCCUUAGAUCCUUUCAAAAUCAAUUGGGAAAGGCUGUAGAGCCAAGAGUGUUGUGUUGACAUCACUUUAUCCAGAUGGCUGAGCCAUGUCUGAGGGUACUUAGCAGAUUGUGAUACUUAGCUGCUCCAGGUGAAUAUCUCUUCAGUGCAUUUUCACUAAAGAUUAAGUGUGUGUGUAGCAUCUGCAAAACAAACUGCUUUGUUAUACAAAAUGGACUUGAGAGACAUGAUAGGUGUGGAAGAACGUUUUAGAAAAUAAACUGAAAAUAGCAUAAGAUGAUAUUUAAAAUAAAGGAAACAGUAUUUCAGUAGUUUAAACAGGCUGCUCACAAAAGAUGUCAAUAUAUUAUUACAGAAUAUUAUUAAAUGAUGUCGGAAUAAUAUUAUUAUUCUUUCUACGUCAUUUCUCAAUCCUGUGUGUCCCAGAGGCCGUACAAAUAGAUUGGAUCUAUCCCAUUGGGUGGGAUGAGGCCACUGCCUCAGGCAGCUGGAAGCCCCCAAGGUGGCACCCUUGUGGUGGAGAAGCAGCUCCCAUGUCGGCAGUGGCAGGACAAGGCAGUACUUAUUGUUUUGUCUCAAGCUGCAAAAUGAGACAUGCCACCCGUGGAACCAACCUCUCUGAAACACCUAGCUCUUCCAAAGCUCUGGCCCAAUUGACAUUGCUGCUGUUACAUUGGAGGUGCCAAAAAAUGGGUGUCCUAGGGGCAUGUCAUGGCUCCCAAGACCUCCCAGUCAUCUUGACAUGCCUUCACACCAGGGUUGGGGGAUUCUGAGCAGGUCUAAACCUCUCCCUCCCUUUUUUCUCUCGUUGUUUCCAAUAGGAGGGAAAGCAUCAAAGCUAUAAAAUUUUUAACAGGCAAGCAGACUGAAGAAUGCAAGAUCAUUCCUUCUUCCUCACUUGAACCUCGCCAGCUCAAAUCUAGCAGGGCAUAGGAUAAGGCAGCUAAAUCACCUUUGCAUUUUGCUUUACCCCAACCUCCGUACAACUGCAGCCUUAGGAAACAUUCAUGCCAAGAUGAAGGACCUGCAGAAGGCCUAAAGUUAUGGCAGAGAUUACUGUCUUGUCCGGAUACCAUCAGCUUACUUUCAGCAGUAGGACUUCACCUUAUGGUUCUAGGCCCAUUCUCUGCUCCAUGGAAACUGUUUUUUAUAUAGUCAGUAUUACAAGUAGCAGCUAAGAGGAUGGGAAUAACUUUAAAUAUUUGAAAAGCCUGUGUUCAGCAGUCAGGAAAUGCAUUCCCAAGGUUGCGAAGGGAGUUGAAGAGUUUAUUAGUGGAUUCAUGGAUGUAGCCACUUUUGCUUCCUGUAUCAUGUUCUUCUUCUGUAGAUCAGAGCUAUAACAAAGCUCCUGUGAUAAUGCAGUUUAAAACUACGAGCCUUUGAUGAUGUGCCCAACAGUGCAAUAAGAGCUUAGUCCAAUAUCCUGAACUUUUUCUUUUUCUUUUUACGCCCACACUGCCCCUGAACUGAUUUCAAAUGGAAGUGAAUCGAGCUGUGACUUUCUGAAGUUGCCAGAAGGUGGUCGCUUGUUCCGCAGAGAUUUAACCACCCACUAUGAACUACUUGCUGUUCUUUCUCGUUGCUAAUGCACAGCAGGUUAGAGUUAGGUGAUCCAGAGCCUUACUUUCAAGUAGCACUUACAGAAACGAAGCUCAUGUCAUGAAUGGUUUUACAUGAAGGGAACGCUAGAUAAACGAGACUCACCUUUCUUCCUCUUCCCCCACAGGUAAAUGGAAAAGAUUUAUCUAAAGCAACCCAUGACCAAGCAGUAGAAGCCUUCAAAACAGCUAAAGAUCCCAUCGUAGUUCAGGUCCUGAGGAGAGCGCCGCGCAGCAAAAUCUUCAGCCCCUCUCAUGAAUGUCUCCUGGUAGAUAUGGGCACCCAGACUGACAUCACCUUUGAACACAUCAUGGCUCUUACCAAGAUGAGCUCACCUACCCCACCAGUUUCAGUACUGGACCCAUAUCUCUUACCUGAGGAGUAAGUACCAGUAUUUUAAUCACACCUCUCUACAUUAAAAGGCAGUAAACACUGAAGCAUUGAAGCAUUGGGUGGGGCUAGAUUUCAUACACUUGGGAUGAAAAUAUACAACUACCAUACAUCAUUAUGAAGAUCUAAACUGCCAUUUUCAGGAGCAAAAACAUUAGGACUGAAAUAUCUGCAAGAUUUUAUGCAACCAUCCACUCUAAUUCUUAUGUUCAGUCUGUGAGUGCUAUUGCCAAAGUGACAUUGCCCAGACACAAGAAGGGGGUAUCAGCAGACAUGGGGGAACCAAGUACAAAAAAAAAAGAAAAGAUUUAGGCAGGGGCACUCUAAGGAAGAAGGGAGGGACCCCUGUAGAACUGAGCAUGCUCAAUGGCCACAGAAUGCUGACUGCAGGAAGGAAAAAUGGAAAACUGGGAUUAGGCAAAUCCAGUGGCAUGGAACACUCAGCACUGCCAAUUUUUUCGUCUGUGUCUCACAUGUUCAACCAAUUCACGAAAUGGUGAAAUCAGUGCAGUAACUUUGACUGUUGAGAAAUUGCAGGCCCAUUGGCAUUGUGAAUGAGAAACCAAAUGAACAAGACAGUGAAAAAUAAAAUGCUGUGAGCCUACCUGCUCACUUCUAAGUUUGCAUGAGCAAUUAUGCCAAGUCUCUAUAUGCCUUUAGAUGACGAGGAAAAGGCUGAGUGAACCCACAGAUAAAUAAAGAGUUUCUUAGAACUCUGGCCCGCAGCAAUGGCUUUCCAGGGUCUCCGGCAAAUAAAUUUCCCAGGCCUGAUGCCUUGGGUCUCCCAACUAGAAAAACCAAGGAUUGGACCUGGGACCUUUUGGGCUGCAGGUCUUCCCCCUAAAAUCUGGACUAUGGCGUAUGUGUCUGGCAGUGCUCUUUACUACCUGUUUACAGUGCUGCUGUUCAAUCUUAUCCGUUUUUUAAUCGUGGCCAUAAAUUGUAGAUUGCUAGGAGCCACUACAUUCUCUUUCAGUGUAUUAAUUACCUUUUAUUAUAAUCCCGUGGCAAUGUUACACAAAUAAGCUGUUCUGUAGGGCUGAUCUUUCUUUAAAAUGUUGUCAAGGAAUUUUUAAAAUCAAUUUUUAAUUACUGUUAAUGGGAGUCUGAAACUUCUAUACUAGCAAGUUAUACAUACACACACACACACACACACACACACACAACCCCUUUACUUAUUUGCAAGUCCACCUAUACUGAUAGUACAGGAAUCAUUUUCUCCCACAACAAAUGUGGAGUGCCGUUUGUGAUGGAACUCUUCCCAUCUUGUUCACAGAAACUGGCAAUGACAUUGCUGAUAGGAUGGUGCAUGAGUGGUAAAAAGUGACGUCCACUUUUGUGCAUGCACUGGCAAUGAAAUAAAAGCCAAUGGAGCUUUGGAUAGUGUUCUUGCUUCAACAUGGUUUUAGCCUAAGAAUGUGGCCACUCCCACUUGGAUUCUUUUCACAGUGCUGGGAAGUGGCUGAUGGGAGCUGUAGUCCAAAAUAUCUGUAGGGCAUCAAGUUGGGGGAGGCUGAUAGCAGAGUGAAGUGUCAGUAAUUGCAGAGUACUGGGUAGCUUAGGCCCCCAUCACAGGCAGAGACACUCCACUUCUGUACAGAUCCCAACUGCUUGAGACUUCUGUGAAUAAAUCACCCAUGCAGAUAGAACAGUCACAUGGGACCUUCAAAUCUAGUCAGUACCCUCCCAUAGCAUGGGAUCCCACUACAUGGAAGGAGAGAGAGAGAGGAGUCCCAACUCUCCCAUCAAUAUAUAAACAAGAGUCCUGGCUCCUUACGACAUCGCACAUCAAGAUGUCAUGUUGGAGCCCCUCAAUCUACUUGAGAAGAUGGUUCUCAACAUCUGGUAUUCAGAAAGAAAGAUAGAAUCCUUGAACACAGAGACUCGUUUUCUUUUGUUAUGGUGCCUAAUGAAUUUGCCUAGUUCUUUUUAACGUCAUCUAUAGCCGUCUCCAUAUCCCAACGAAGUGAAUUCCAGAUAUAUUGCUUCUUUUUGACAAUUGUGGACCUGUUGACAGUCAAUUUCACUGAGUUAACAUCCCAAGUUCUCAUAUUUUGAAAGCGGAAUUAAAACCUGGUUGCCCACUUCCUCUGCAUAUAAAUAUAUAUCCAUUUAAAAAAAAAAAAAAACUUACAUCAUUAUUAAAGAGAAAACAUUAUUUUCACAAUCAGAAAUCAGGCAAAUGAGCAUGUGCUACAAAGCUCGGGGUUGGGAAGGUGAUAUAUUUGUGCAAUUUCUGUCAGAGAUUAGGCACCGGGGGUCAUGUUCUCAUGCUAUUAUUGUGCAGUAUCCAUAUUGCUUUUCUGAGGACAGCUUUUUUUAAAAGAAAAAAGAAUAAUUAUUAAUUAAGUUACCAUUCUUUUCUCACAUGCUCACUGUGGUUCCCCUCCACCUCUGAGGCAGAGGGAAUUGGAGGAUGGAUGUUGGCAUAUUUUCCUGUUCCUGAGGUGAUAAGAGGGCGCGUGGAAAGGUGGUUGCUAGGAAACCAGCCUGUAUGUUUCCCCCCUGAGUUUUCUCAGUGGAAGUAGUAGAAGUGUGGAGCCUGUGCUCAGGUGUAACAUGGGAACCUAUGACCACUACCCUGUAUAAUAAAAUGCUUAUUCUGCCAUCCCUCUUUUUCUGGCCCUCAUUUUUCCCCCUUCAUGGGUCCAUCAUGCCACCCCCAAGCCUUACCUCCACAGCAUUUUUUCAUACCAUCACCUGUCUUUGACAAAUGUUCCCCUCUUUCUCUCUAGUGGGCCAGCUCUGCCUGGGUGGCCAAUAUGUUAAGGCAGCGAGAGAGUUUUUUAAAAAAAUAAAUAUUUGUUUUCCCUGUUGUUUAAUGAGCUUACAUCCUCAACACCAUUGAUCACCUGCAGCGCAUCAGUCUUGAUGUAUGUGUGACAUGUUAGUGAUGAUCUGCCAUGAGGCUGGGGGAGGAUUAAUAUGUUAAUUAGAAGAGGGAGUGAUAACCUAAACUGUGCUUUAUUUUCCCAGGCAUUCAUCAGGGCACGAAUACUAUGACCCAAAUGAUUAUAUGGGAGGCAUUCAUCAAGAAAUGGACAGAGAGGAGCUAGAAUUAGAGGUAUGAGUAAUAACUAGAAGCAACCAUUCAACAUACAAAAUACUUUUAUUAUAUUUUCAUGUGCCAAGGACUUAGCAACUAGUGCUGCAUUCAAAUUACAAACUUAUGCUACCAAAAUAUAUUGGAAAAUCUUUUUACUCUGCAAUUCGGUGUACAGACGGCAGGAAAUUAGUGCUUACUAAUUUUAAUAUGUAGUUAAUUAUAUGUUGUGUAAUUAAAGGAUUAGAGGUCAUGUCCUCAGCUCAUAAUACAAGCAGCCAUAGGUUUCUCCUUAUCUGUUCUAGUUAUACUUGUGAGGGGCUGAAUAAUAAUUUGGGGAGAUAAGGGUUUUAUUUAUACACUUUUUACAGUUUUGCAUACAUGGAUUUUCAUGUGGGAGCGCAGUAUCAAAAGAGUAGUUUUAUACCUGUGGUGGAUUUCAAAGAGAAGCUUGUAGGGUUUUGUGUGUUUUUAAUUCUUGAAGAAAUGUUUACAUCUGAAAGAAGCAUGUCUUGCCUCCAUUUGUUUACAGCAAAGUGCUUCUUUCUCCUCCAUGGCUUGUUAUUGUUCUCUCAAAGUCCCCAGUCAAGAUGCUUCCCCUGCUAUCAUAGGCAACAUAAAUUCAAAUCAUAAGUUUAGUAAAAAGUACAAAAGUAGAGCAAUGAAAUAUAUUUUAAAAAGACAAAUUACAGAAAUAUCAUGUGUCUCAUUUAGUUUGAGCAAAAUCAUGGGGCUGGAUCCAGAGGUCACACUUUCGCCUCAUGGAAUUCAAGCUUUGACUAACUUGCUGCACGGAUUUGAAUGAAAUUUAAGAAUGACUAGCUUAAUCUGUCUCCAGCUUCAUGAUUUUGCUCAAACUGCCACCCACUAAAAGACCUCUAGCUCCCACCCUGUACACAUACAGAUAAACAAGGAAGGGGGAAGUACAAAGUCACUUGGGCUCAUCAUUCUAGAAGAUAAUGCUGAGGUAAAUGCUGCUCCAAACCACUGUGAAAAUCCCAAAGCAGGGGUCCAGAUUAACUGCCCGUUCCUGCUGAAUUCUUACCCCACAAACCCUUACAUACAGAAGGUGGUUUUCUGAAAAGCAACAACUGCGAUCCAAAAAAGUGUUUCCUUUGCCCUCCCCCGCUAGAGGACAGGGAACUCAACUCAGGCAGUCUGCAGCCAUUGCUGAAAGGAGCUGGGCAACAAACUGUUGCUGCUAUCACUGCUCAAAGUGUCAGACAGGUUAAGCUGGCAGCUGUGUCCACAUGUGCUCUUGCCAGCCAGUAACUAUAGCGCGUGCGACUCAAAUCAUUUCAUGGCAUUUUAUAAUUUUGACAUAAAGAGAGCACUUAGAUUGUUAAAAUAAUAAAGCUGUGUAACAGUACCAGCUAAACAUUUAGGAAAUGCUUGCAGCUUAAAUAGCCGUUCUCUGAAAGCCUUUAAGAAUCGUUUCAAACCUGGGAGACUGAGAUCAAUGGAAAGGGUCAAAGUGUAACAAACACUCGGGCAGCUUCUAGCUGUAUUGUUUGCUUAUUGACAGAUUUGUCUUAAACAGACUGCAGACGCACUUUUUCAUUGACUCGAGUCAGAAUGCUGAAAAGGAUGUAAAAUAUCAAACCACACCACCUGGACUACUCUCUCCAUAAAAUACACUCUGAAUUCCAGUCCAUCAUCUAGGCUUUUAUGGCCAUCCUAACUCACAAUUAAUGACUUAACAGAUAUAGUCAACAAGUCCCCUGUGUAAAUGACUAUAGUUCUUGCUAGAAUUCAAUGAAACGCAGUAGAAUUGCCUAGCAAUCUGUACAGGCUGAUAUUAGUCACAAGAAUUGAGUAUCUGCCAAGAACAGGCCAUUGAAGGCCUUUAAGUUCAGUAUCUGAAACUGGCAUCUGGUGUUACAAGGAAUGCAGCCCCCAGCAUAUUACACAGCCUCUCUUAAAGCUCAAACCAAAAAAUAAUAAAAGAACAAUGUCAUGGCAGCAUAUCAACGGUUUUCUAAAUUGCAACUCUUACUCUGAAGCUUUAAUUGGGCCCAUUUCUUAUGUAUCCAUGUUGGUACAUAUAUGAGCCAUAAAGCCGUUUAAAAAUGAUCAAGGCAAGAAAUAAAUAAUAUUGCCUCUACAUACUUUCUAAAACAGCCACCACAAAUACAAGUAGAUUUCCAUGUUGUUUCAACAUACAGGGUAGGGUUGUUAAAGGGUUCACAUACAGACAGUUUAGUAAUCUCCUAACAGAUACCAUGAUAACAAAAAGCAGUUAAAGUGACUGAUUCUUCUAAGAGGUAGGAUAUCAUUAAAUGCAUUACUGCAGAUGAACCUUAGAACAUGUACCUUGUCUAGAGCACCAAACACACACAAAAAUGUGAGAGCAGUAAAAGUACAGGUCAAUCCAUCCUUACCAGCCUGAUUUUGGGAAUGAUUUCUCAAAACUAAAUUUAGCUGAAUUCAGUGGGAUUUAUUUGCAAAAAGUGUGCACCUGAUAGUGGUUUAGCUUCAUUUCAAGAAGAGUGGUGACUGAUAAGCUUUUUCAGAUAGCUCAGUUGGUAGAGCAUGAAACUCUUCAUCUCAGAGAUUGAGUCCCACGUUGGGCAAAAGAAUCCUGUAUCCAAGUCUAUGAGUCUAUGUAAAAUGCUCAACAAAACUGGACAUAGCUGACUUUCUAGGAUCCUGGUUUUUACAGUUAAAUCUCUGCUGACUGUAGGGAAGCCCAUUGGACACAGAUUUGAUGUCUGUCAUUAGGAUUUGCUUUCUGACAAAACUGAGGGAAGCAUCCAAGCUCCUUAUCUUAUAGCCCCACUUACUCCAGAGAAUUUUAUUUCCAAUACAAGUACGUAUUUUGAAAAGACUGGCUCCGUGUUUCUAAAGUUUUAACCUGCCCCUAUAACAGAAGAUUGCCUGCAACACAAUAUAAUAAUCUGUUGGGCACAAAUUUCCGUUUGCAUAUACAGAGGCUAAUUUACUAUUAUCUUUUAUUUUGAAACCUUAGUGUUAUGAAUGGCCAGAGGCAUAUAAUAUCAUAGCACAUUAUGGUAUUCUUGUCUCACUGUAAAUGGCACUUAUAUUUCAGCAUUCAGGUUGUUUAGCUUUCUUUAUCUGCCACCAGUUGGCGUAGGGCCUGAAUAAUUUUAUGUAAUUGUCUUGCAUCCAUUUCAGUUUCAGAGAUCUCAUAUCUGCACAUGCUUUGGUUUUAUCGGAGCUCUAUAUAAGAAAAGGGUAAUCUACAUCUCAAAAAGUUAUGCUAAUGCUUACUCAUGACACUUAUAAUAUGUAUCCUCUUUAGAUCAUUCCUGACUUCUAAGACAAUUAGGGUACAAUCAUCCUUCACAGUGGCUGCACAUCCUCCUUUCGCUUCAGUGGGCCUACAACGGAUCUCUGUGCAUAUUCUAAAUUAUAAUUGCAUAAUGCACAACAUUACUCUGGCGCUGUUGGUUGCUGCUGUCACAUGUAUUGAUGUGAAGAGAUGUUCAGGAUCCAGAUGUGAGACAUCUAACUAUAUCUGCAGUGACUGUUCACUCAAGUCCUAUUUGUGCUCCUUUUACAAGCCCACUUCUACUUGUGGCCUUUGUGCCGGUCACUAUUUGUUCAAGUAGAAGUUAUUCUAGUAGUUGUAUAAUUUCUUGGUCCAUAAUACAUGGAAUAUCUGCACACCUUACCAUGUUAACCAAAAUACGUUAUUACUUUUUGAGAAGCAAGUAGAGGUCCGUGAAUUAUACUGUGUGAUGGGAAUGAAGACCCUAGUACUUGUAGGGUGUGCUAUUAUUUUUUGCUUAAGCAAAGUACUCUGUUCCAAAAAGUACUCUGAAAAUUAAAAAGGUUCUUUGCUUUGAUGCUUUUAAAAUUUAUAGAGUUGAUGUCCAUAAAAUCUUUUGAAGCUUUAUGAUUACAUAAAAACUUUAUUGAGGCAUAGGCAGCUAGGAAACAGCUGUUCUUCUUUCUGUGUACACAAAAUUACCAUAUCUAGGGUAGCAUCAAAUCCCAGUUAUUUCUACUUCUAACCAGGGCUGGGGGGAUAGAACCCAAGGGUAAGUCUACAUCUAAUUACUCAUAAAAAUUCAGGUACCAAACACCUGCUCUGAGGCUAUUCUGAAGGGAAUUUUUUACAAAGACCAUUUGCCUGAGCACGGUUUCCUCAGAUGUGUGUGUGUAUUUCGGAUAUUUCUCAAGUGGCUUCCCCGCAUACAAUAUAUCCCAAACAGGAGAUGUGGAAUGAAGCGUUCUGGCUUUGAAGCAUAUUGAAAAGCUCAAGCUCUCUGCUGAAAUACUAGAGAAUGAAAAGCAAAAGCAUGAAAUAUUAAAAGCUUCUUUGAAACAUAAAACAUAGAACAUCUUUGAAACAUAAAACUUGAUCUCAGUCCUAAAACAUAUUUCUUGAUUGAUCCACAUGAUUAUGAUUAGAUUAGAUUCAGAUUGUGUUUAUCGUAUACUGACGUUGCUCAGAAUUCAAAAAAAUCAGUGCAGGAUUGAAUUCGGUUGUUCAAAUCAGUGCAAUCCGUUUCAGUUAUGCAAACCUAAAUUUACGGUAUGCACUUGAACCCCUCUCACAAAAUAAUGGCAGUCUGGAGGCACCCAGUGUGUUGGUAGAGUGCGGGGCUCUCUUUGGGUGAAAGACAAUGGGGGAGAGUGGGCUGCUCCAGGACUAAGAGGAGUGGGAACUAUUGGUGAGGCCACUUGCUUGUCUUAGUCUUCACCCAGGUAUUUUGGUAAAUCAGAUUUUUUUUCAUUUCAUGUUCAUCUAAUUCUGCUCCAAAUUCAAAAGUUAUGAAUUUUUCCUUAAGAAAAAAAAAAGCCCAAACUUUAAAGAUAUCAGACACAAAAGCCUCUGCUGGACCUAUUUGUCUGCUCUGCAGGGGCUGUUAUGUCUGCAAAUUUCAUCUAUUCUGUCAAAAGUAAAAAAGUUAUAGCCACUUUUUAAAGUUUCCCUGCAGUGAAUGGGGGACAAAAGAAGUUGACUGGUGGGUGUUGAGCUGAAUCAUGGAGCCCCAAGGGCUGCUUUGCCUCACGCUCACAAUUCCUUGCUUUCAUGGGCGUUCCAGACUUAAAGCUCCCCCAUUCACUUAUAAACAUAGAAUUGCAGAGAUGGAAGGGACCUUGAGGGUCAUCUAUCCAGACCUCCUUCAAUUCAGGAGUUCAGCGGAGGGAGUACCUAUGAAUACACAGAAUACAUGAAUUCUCCAUUGUACUGUGCAGAAGGAGUUAUUCUGCAGAGUCAUGUUGGUGCCAUAGCACCUUGCCUAAAGUAACUUGAAAAUAGCUUUUUGAAGCAAGAUGUCUGCUCCUUAAAAUAUGUCCUUGCAUAUUGUGAAAGCAAAGUGAGAAACUGACUGUGCCACGUGGCUUCUAUGGCAUCCAGAGUGGCUUGCAACAAUAUCAGUGGUACCUCUGGUUAAUAACUUAAUUCGUUCCAGAGGUCUGUUCUUAAUCUGAAACCAUUCUUAGCCUGAGGUACCACUUUAGCUAAUGGGCCUCCCACUGCCACCGCGCCACUGGUUCACGAUUUCUGUUCUCAUCCUGAGGUAAAGUUCUUAACCCGAGGUACUACUUCUGGGUUAGCGGAGUCUGUAACCCGAGGUGUUUGUAACCUGAGGUACCACUGUAAUAGAGGAAUCACUGACUUACAGGACAUUUAGAGGGCAAGAUUUAAUGAAACCCAGAAGUGCCAACUCCUGACUUUGCCCCACCAUUUAUUUAAUUCUUUAAUUGCAUUUAUAUUAGGGUUGCCAUAUUUCAAAAUGUAAAAACCUGCCGAGUAGGGAUUUGAACCCUGCUCUCCUAGUCUGACACUCUGUGGCCAAAUCAUGCCCCCCCCCCCCCGUCUUCUACAAGCAAAACCUAAAGAGCCCCUGCCUCCCUCCCUCCAAGUAAUGUUAGCUGCUUAUUAAGAAGGGGUAAAAGAUUUAUCCUGUCCAUGCUGCAGACAAGAUGGUGAGUGGUGCCAUUUACCAGGCACAUAUCGCACCCAUGAUCAGGGAUCUGUAACUUGUUUUUGUUUUGUUUUUUAAAGGAAAAGGCAGUAACUUUCCUAAACAUAAAUUAGAGCCAGAGUUUACUGACUUCAUUUCCAUUUGCUUGAUGAAACCUAAAGUACUGACCCCAGCAACUGUACUUGGCUGACAUUAUCUAAUCUUCCUUAUUGAUCAGCUUCAAUCCUCUUUUCAAAAAAAAAUAAUGGCAGAGCCUUAGAAAUAUGGAAAACUUCUGCCAUUAUACUGAUGCGUUCAACCUUUCUGUAACAAAAGAAAGCACGAUGAGAGAGUGUGGAGCCAUUCACAAUAGUGCCUAUUGAUUGAAAAUCAUUUAAAUACCAUCUGAAAUGUCACUGACAUUUACUGCUCUGUUUUUUUCAAAACAAAUUACACAUGUUGACAAGUAAAUAACAAGAGAUUGCUUAUCGUGGCAGCUGUCAUCUAGACAUGCCAAUAAAUUAUUCAUAUUGGUGAGUUUUAUUGUCUUCCCCCGGUGAAUGGCACCGCGGGUUGAAAUUGAGAGAUGCUCAGAGGCAAGACUAUUAUGUUAUUAGGACUUUUAAUGCAUUAAUACCAGGAGGAAGAAGCCAGCAAUCUCUCUUUCAAUCGGAACACAGGGUGUGUUUUUCCCCUUUGCCUCACAAACGUGGGAAUUUUUAAAUAGCUUCCAAGCUCAUUAUUACAGCACUGUCUGUGUACUGCCAGCUUAGUCGAAUACUUAAAGCAGUUCUAAGCAAUGAGUAACCAAAGACUUGGGGCGCUAGGUAUCCUGCAAAGUAUUAAGCUGUCAUUUUAGUCUAGUUUAUCCAGAGAUCCAAAGGACUAUGUAAAAAAAACGUUGGUUGUUAAUUGUCGCAAAUUAGUAAUAUUGUUUUGGAAACUGUGAAUUCCCUUUCAAUUUCCUUAUUCCGAAUCCCCUCAUUUGGGGGAAGUUCCGGCUUUUGAAGCCAAAUGUGACUGUGCAGUUGCCCACUUACAUAUAUGUUGAAUUUGAUAGUGCUGUGGCCAUUGUCCCCAGUUCUUUAAACAACGCCUCUCACACCAAGUUCCCUUUAAGAUCAAGGCUGGAAUCCUAGCCAUGUUUAUGAUUGGCUGUUGAUGAUUUGGGGAGGUUGGGGAAGGGUUAGAGGGAUUUUUAGGGGAUAGGCAUUGCUCACCCCACUUAACUAUUUGCGUGAUACAGGCAGCAUGGGAGUUAGCAGGUUUGAAACUGUGGUGCCCACUUGGAGAGGGAGAUUGGAGCAUUUGGUUUUCAAAGAUGAGGGAUGAGAUGCAAAUUUCAUAUGAUAUGAUGGGUGAUACUUUUGAAGCAUACAGUCGUAUCUUAGUUCACAAAAGCCUUUUGAGUCUGACGUUUUGGCUCCUGAAUGCUGCAAACCCAGAAGCAAGUGUUUGCAAACGUUCUUUGGAACCCGAAUGCCUUCCACGGCUUCUGACUGAGUGCAGGAAGCUCCUGCAGCUAAUCGGAAGACGUGCCUUGGUUUUCGAACAUUUUCGGAAGUCGAACAGACUGCUGGAACACAUUCCGUUCGAGAACCAAGGUACAACUGUAUUUACAUUUGAUUGUAGAGGUCUGGAAAACUCUUCAAAGUAGGUUUAACCCCCACCCCCACCCCACCCCCCAAAAAGGUAUAUAAAAGAGCAUCCUGAGGCCUACCAAAGUACUAAACCAGUAUUCCACAACUUCAUCCUCUCCAGUUAUUUUAGACUACAAUUCCCAUCAUCCCUGACCCAUAGGUCAUGCUGGCAGGGGCUAAUGAGAAUUAUAGUCCAUAUGGAGGGUACUAGGAAAACCACAGGCACGUCAGAAUUCAGCUCAUCAGUAUUUGGAUGGCACAAUACUCAUUAUCUGCAUUGGGUGCAGAAUUUCACCACUCUGUGCUGAAUUUUGACAAUACAAAGGUAUGACAUUUAAAUGGCAAAGCACGCUCAAGCUGUAGAAAGCCAUUAAGCCAUUUUUUAUGAUACUGCUGACUUUGUUACUUUGUUACUUUGAGACUAAAAGUUAAGGUUGUAUCCAAUAUUAAUCCUACUUAAAGUAGACCUCCUGGAAUUAAUAAUUGUAAAUUAGUCAUUCAGUUGAUACGAUGAAUUUUGUUUGAUAACACCUUAUAAAUUGCUCUGCUAUCAUUUUUGGUGAAAGGUGGUCUAGAAGUCAAUAACAAUAACGUGUGUAGUUUAUAAAUUAAUCUCCCUAUUUCAUGCAACUAAGAUUAGAAAGAAACAGCUUUUGACUUCCUCACUACCUUGCUGCAGGCCACUUUUUCACAGACCAUGAAACAACUUCCAUCUCAAGAACAAUGAAAGGUUGUAAUCUGUGCCAACCUUGUUUUCUCAGUGCAACACUAACACUAAUGUUUUCACUCGCCCAGCCUUGUAUGUGCCUUUAUGGGGAUGUAGUCAUGGCUAACUUUGCCUUGAAGUAUUUGGAUUAGAGACUAUUCCAGAAUUGCAUUGCACUAGUCUAGAGAAUGCUAAAAUGUGAUUAGAGAACAAACAGCAUCUCCCAUUACAGAAAUGCAUAGAUUUAGCAUUUAUUUAUCAAUCUUUAUCUCUUUGCGCUAAUGAUGUUACUGUUCCUAGGGUGUUGGAAAUGUAGGAAGACUUUGGUUCCAAAGACUCACUUGACAAAUAUUAUAGUGGAGGCACUAAAAAUGGGGGGGGGGGGUUGCCACUUCAUAAGAGAUGGACCAUUUUUCUUCUAUAUGAUCAAUAAGAGAGUCUUAUUUCCAAAACGACUGCAUAUUGAUAGAAGAGCCAGAAUUGCCCUCUGUAUUGAUCGUGUGUCCAUAAUCACUUCUAGUUCAGUAAAUUAACAUAGUGCAAUCUUUUAAAAACAGAAACUAUAAUGUAAGCAAAAUAUUUCCACAUAUUUAAAAAAAACCAGACAUUCACCAGCGUCUCAUUUCUUUGCCCUAGGAAGUAGAUUUGCAUCGAGUGAACAGCCAGGACAAGUUUGGGCUUACAGUGUGCUACAGAACUGAUGAUGAAGAUGAUAUUGGCAUUUAUAUCAGUGAGGUGAGACCAAAUAUAAUGCCUGCCUUUUGGCUGUAGUUGUGAAAAAGUCAUUUCCCCCCUGUCAGUUACAUUUCAUGUUACUUGCAAAAGCAAGUUUUAAUGUAACAUCAAACAAUUUUCCUACAUUUCAGGCACCUAUUUCUGUUCUUUUAAGAUCAACAUUAGAAGACCUAUUCCAGAUGUACCCACUUUCAGAUGAGUGGCGACCAGAGAGUUGGUGGUUCCAGUCGUGAACAUAGGGAACAUAAGAUGCUGCCUUGUAUUAAAUCUGACCAUUGAUUGGCCCAUCUAGACCAGUAUUGUUUACAUUGACCUUUCUUAAGACUGGUAACCUCCAGAUGUUGUUGGAUUGUCAUUGCCAUAAUCCUUGGCUGUCUGGGGCUGGGGGGCUUGUACAAAACAUCUGGAGGGCACCAGGUCUACAUUGACUGGCAGCUGCACUUUAGGGUUUCAGGCGGGAAUCUUCCCCACCUGUACCUAGAGAUGCCGGAGAUGGGACCUAGGACCUCUUGCAUGCAAAUCAUAUGUUUCCUAGUAAAAUACUGCAGUGUUUCUUUCUCAGGUCGGGGAACCUUCUUCAGCCCAAGUGUAACUUUCCCCUCAGGGCAAAUUUCUGGGGGUGACAUGCAUAUGUGGGCAGGGCCACAGGCAAAUAAUGUGGGCAAAGCAAUAAAUGUAAAUUGUAUGUUUGUGCCGUAGGCUAGUUUCUUCACACUCACACACCCCUCUCUAUCCUCUACCCAGACCAGCAAGAAUUAUUAGAGGACUCAUUCCACCUAGGCAAAAACACUCAACGAGAGUCCAAAGCUGGGUGGAGGGGCAUGGUUCAAGAGGGUGUGGGGCUUGGGGGCAGGUAGAAAGGCCUGGGGGCAGCAUUUGAGCCCCGGGUCUGCGGUUCCCCAUCCAUGUCUAAGAGAAACAAGAAGGAUUGUGAACUAUGUGUAAAGGCAAUCUCAGAUAACAUGCCAGUGGUUGGAAGUACGCAGGGAAGCAAUGCUGCAAAAAGUAGCCAACUUUCUGCUCUUUUGUAGAUUGAUCCCAACAGCAUUGCUGCAAAAGAUGGUCGCAUCAGAGAGGGUGAUCGUAUAAUUCAAGUGAGUUUAUGUUAUGUGAAAUCCUAUUACAGUUUCUUCAGUUAUCCUAUUAUGUGACAUUUCCAACAGAUGAGCCACUGUGGUGUAGUAGUUAGUGUCUCAGACUAGAACCUGGGAGACCAGGGUUUGAAUCCCCACUCUGCCAUGAAACUUGCUGGGUGACCUUGGGCCAGUCACUGCCUCUCACCCUAACCCGCCUCACAGGAUUGUUGUGCGGAUUAAAUGAGGAGCAGGGAGAAGCAUGUCAGGCACCUUGAAGUCCUUGCAGGGAGGAAGGUGGUCUAUAAAUGCAGUAAGUAGAAUAAAAUAUAUAAGAAAAUGUAUUUCAAAAGUCCCCAGUAUAAAUAUUCCCCCAAAUAAGUCUUUUGAUGAAAUACCUGAAGGCCAGAUGCUCGCAGUUUAGGGCAAAUGCAGUUUACUUUCAUAGAUCAGCCAUGAAAGCCAAAGUGUUGCCUGACAGCAUUAUGUUUGUGAGAAACUACCAAUGGGGACAGUUCAACAGUCUCUGAACACUGGCGUAAUGUUAUUGAAUUUGCCAUCAUAUAGCGCUUUUAGCAGGCAAAGAGAUUUAUCAUCUUUAUUUUAUUCAGCCUCAAAACAGCCCUGUGAAUCCCAGUUGUCACAUUACUUUCUGAUGCUGUAAAGUUUAUGUGGCAGGAGCAGGUAUUUAUCUUGCCAGGGCAAAGUUUUAAAUACUAGAGCCUGCCCUGCCUUGGAAAAAAGCAGCACUCUCUAUGUGAUGAGGCACUUAAAAUGAGUUGCCAAUCAAAACUGUUGAUUUAAAGUUACAUGUUGUGCCAAAUCCCUACCAUGCCCCCAGCCCAUUUCAUGGAAACCUUUACCCUCAGAGAAAGCAGUCUAUGUUUUUCAGCUUCAUCUAACAUUUUUUUUGGGGGGGGUAGGGAAUCUAUUUAAAGGAAAUCAAAUCAUCCAGAGCACUUCAGUGCUGUGCAGGAAGAAUCCUGGCAAGCCACACUCCUUCAAAAGCCUAAUGGAGGCAAUACUGAUUUAGAGUUGUAUCCAACAAAGUUGUCCAGUUCUCACCUCUAUCUCCCCACAUCCAAGCCAAAUCUGCAUUGGAGGGUUGGGGGAACCUCCAGAACAGAUUUGGGGUACACACAGGGAGAAGGACUUCCAUUGCACAAGGAGAAGUUCUUGCAUGAACAGGAUGACUUCAUUGGAUACAACCCCAAACAUUCUCAUAAUAGGCAUUUCAAGGAAGCAUGAGAUGUUGAGAAGCUGGUAUGAAUGAAUGAAGCUUUAAAUUAAGACCACACACCAUUUGUCCACUUCAUAAUGGCCACUGUACUUCCUUCCCCCACCCCAAAAUAACAAGUGAUCUAUUUUCUAAGGUCAUUUCUUUGGAAAUAACUGGGCAAAAAUAACUGCCACAGCAUUAGUUAGAGUAGGUGCUUGGUGACCUCUUUACAUAAAAAGUAUCUCUGAGAGUUGGGUGUGAAUCAUUUCCAGUGAGUCUGAAGGGCACUGACCUUGGUCAAGGCAGGCCAGAGGCUUUAUGGGUGAACUUAGAAUUGAAGUCAUGACUCUGACAUGAGGCUUUCAUUCAUUUCAGUGCAGCUGGUUCUGAAGAAUACUCCAUAAGAGGCAAAUGUGUCUAAACCCAGACUAAAAUUCUCUGCAUAGAGUUGCAUGGUUUUUAAAAAUAUAAGUGUACUUCACAUAUAAUUUCUGAGUUCUUUCUUUUGGAUUUCUAUAUAAUGGGAUUUGAAUUUCUUUCUCCAGAUUAAUGGCAUAGAGAUACAGAAUCGCGAAGAAGCUGUGGCACUCCUUACCAGUGAAGAAAGCAAGAACGUUUCCUUGCUCAUAGCAAGGCCAGAAAUUCUCCAGGUGCUGCAACUGAUUAUUAUUAGUUAUUGUUUAUACAGCACCAUCAAUGGGCAUUGUGCUUUAUAGAGCACGAUGCUUCCAACAGUUGAGGGUGGUAGAGCUGGGUGAGUGAAGGUACCGGUAGAGAUUUAUCAACAUAUGAGAGCAGAGAAGCUAGGAAGGGUGAGGCUACUGAGGGCAAGGACAUGGUGCUAGAGUUGCAAGCAAACAGCACCUUCAGAUAGUGUGUCCCCGGCCCUGUCUGACAUGUUACUACACAGGAUUCAGAAUAAACUAUCUGGCAUAGUGCUGAUUAUUGUGCAAAACUGCACCCAUGCGCCCUCACUAUGUCCCAAUCUCACUCAUCCAGCAUUAGCUAGCUAUGUGCUGCAAUAGUCCAGCUGUAGACUUGACCAGUGUUGAACAGAGUGAUUGUCCGGGGUGGAUGGGGGAUUGGCAUUGACCUCCCAGCAGUGAAGUUGCUGCUGCUUACUGGGAGGAAGAGUGGGAGGGGCAAGGCAGUGAGGAGGUUGGCACUGUGCAACUCGCCAGCGGGGCCAGUGCAGUGCUGCUGCCAAUGCAUUUGCACAGCGCUAACCUCCCCACCGCUUUCCCCUCCCAAGUUCCCUCCCGGUAAGCGGCAGUGACUCUGCGCCCGGGAGGUCAGGUAAGCAUCACCACCCCACUGGCGAAAGCACCCAUGCCUUGUACAUCAUGCUGUUUUUAGCAAGCCAAAAUUAUUGCCUGUUUUAUGGUAGUGCUGCAUUACUAUUGCAUGCAUGCAGUUCCCAACGCAUCUGGAUUCUUUAACUCACCAACAGAUCUGUUUCUAGGAAUUAACAAGGGUGGAGGAAAUUAUUUUCCCAUCACAUAAUGCAUUGUGCUUUCUGUCAGGAACUGGAAUAUCCUUCUGCACUUCAGAUUCACGUCAGGCAAGGAAGGAAGCACAACUCGUAUGCUGAGGUUCUUACAAGUUGUGCAUGAAAUAAGUCAGAUUCCCAGAAAAGCAGUUCUUAAGUUCCCUUUAUUUAUUGAGUCACAUCCGCAUAGCAAUAUUCAGUGCAUUUGUUUUGUAUUUCUUCUCCUUGUAGCUGGAUGAAGGAUGGAUGGAUGAUGACAGAAAUGAUUUUCUGGAUGAUUUACACAUGGACAUGCUGGAGGAACAGCACCAUCAGGCAAUGCAGUUUACUGCCAGCAUGCUUCAGCAGGUAAAUGUCAUUGUACUUUGUUAGGUGAAAUACCUUAUUGUCAAACCAAAGUCAUGCUGUUCCCUGGCUCUUAUUUAAGCAUUGCAUUAAACAUUUCUUACAUAUGCUGUGAGCCCUUCCUAGGAUGGAAAAGAACAGCUGUCUCUGAAUAAGAAUAACUGACAAGAGAACAUCCUACAAUUGUUGAAUUUCUUCACUGCACCCUCAUUACUUAAAGGACUGCCCACACCUGCACUCAGUUUCUUUUUGAGCACUGUCCAUUUUAUGUAUGUGGUUAAGAUUCUGCUUUUCCACCUGUCCCAAACAUCUUACAAUGUAUCAUUAAUCCCUUUGGUCUUCCAACCCAACCGCUUAUCCUGAGUGACGGGGAAACUGUAUAAGGGCAUCCACUAAACACCAUAGGACAGUGCUGUCCACUGAGUCAGACCACUGGUCAAUUUAGUUCAUGACUGUCUGCACUCACCAGUAGCAGCAUUCCAGCCAAGGGACAUUCCCAGCCCUCAAUGGAAAUGCUAGGGGUUGAAACUCAGCCCUUCUGCAUGCCAAGCAGGUGAUCUGACACUGAGCUACAGCUUUCCACAUUUCUUCACAGGGAUUUGAAUUAAGGUCUUCUGAUCCAACAUUCCUCAAAUGCAGAAAAAAUAGCAAACUCCAAAUGUUAUAAAUUUGUUUUAUUUUAUGCGUUGAAUAGUGUUUCGGGUUCUUUUGGAAAUCUGGUCCGAAUAAUAGAUUCUUAAAAAUUGGGGAGGAGGGGAGAAUACACCCGAGAUCGAUCCAAAAAGUAUAUCACCAUCUGAACUAUGCAUUUCCUAGGUAAAAAAUGAAAUUUCCACUCCUAAGUAAAACUAAAAGAAGCACCUUUCCUGCAAAAACUCAUUAUUAGUGUUCCUCGUGAGAUGUUCCAAGUGGACCAUACCUAUUUCAUCUAUAAGGAUUAGGAGAGUGUGUGUGUGUGUGUGUGUGUGUGUGUGUGUGUGCAAUUUAUAGAAGAAAAUCUGUAGAAGAAAAUUCUGCAAAUAGGGAGAAGAAAAUUAGUCUGCCUAUUAUAUUUAUUUGCAUUUUUUUCUUAACGAAUGUACUUUUUCUUGAUGACUUUAGAAGAAGAAAAAUGAAGAGGAUGGAGGCACCACAGAUACUGCCACCAUUUUAUCAAACCAACAUGAGAAAGACAGUGGCGUAGGGCGCACCGAUGAAAGCACUCGGAACGACGAAAGCUCGGAGCAGGAGAACAAUGCCGACGACCACACGACUUCCUCAAACACCCUGGGGAGCCAGAAGAAGCUGACCUACAGCCACGACACGCUGGGCAGCGGGGACAUGCAGUUCAGCAACGAGUCGUUCAUUUCCGCCGACUGCGCCGACGCCGACUUCCUUGGCAUCCCGGUGGACGAGUGUGAGAGGUUCCGUGAGCUGCUGGAACUGAAGUGCCAGGUGAAGUCCACCAACCCGUACGGCCUGUACUACCACAACAGCACUCUGGAUAUGAGCAAGAGUGACCACGAAAGCGUGGACCGGGAGCUGGAGAUGCUGAACGAGGAGCUGCGCAACAUCGAGCUGGAGUGCCUCAACAUCGUGAGGGCCCACAAGAUGCAGCAGUUGAAGGAGCAGUACCGAGAGCCGUGGAUGCUGCACAACAGCGGCUUCCGCAACUACAACACAAGCAUUGAUGUCCGCCGGCAUGAGCUCUCGGAUAUCACCGAACUGCCAGAGAAAUCGGACAAGGACAGCUCCAGCGCUUACAAUACAGGGGAAAGUUGCCGGAGCACGCCUCUCACCCUGGAGAUCUCCCCCAACAACUCUCUGUGCAGGACAGCAGAAGAUCUCAAUUUGCAAGUCAGCGAAGGAGCAGAAGGGUCUCAGAAAAAUUUGAUGUCUAGCCCAGAAAGUCAUGAAUAUGGCACAGCUAAAGCUCACCCCAAAGAUGCUGAGCAGCUGGAAAUCAAAGAGAGGAAAGAGAGCGACGGAAGCAAAAGCCCAGCUCAGCCCCCCAAACCAGGCAGCUCCUACUUAUCUCCCUAUCACCACUCUCCGUAUAAACAUGCGCACAUCCCUGCCCAUGCCCAGCACUACCAGAGCUACAUGCAGUUGAUACAGCAGAAGUCAGCCGUGGAGUACGCGCAGAGCCAAAUGAGCUUAGUGAGCAUGUGCAAAGACUUGAACUCUUCCAACCAGAGCGAGCCCAGGAUGGAAUGGAAAGUCAAAGUCAGGAGCGACGGGACCCGUUACAUCACCAAGAGACCUGUGCGGGACAGGUUGCUGAGAGAGCGUGCCAUAAAGAUCAAGGAAGAGCGCAGUGGCAUGACGACGGACGAUGAUGCCAUCAGCGAAAUGAAGAUGGGCCGUUACUGGAGCAAGGAGGAGCGGAAGCAGCACGUCGUGAAAGCCAAGGAGCAGAGGAAAAGGCGCGAGUUUAUGAUGCAGAGCAGGUUAGAGUGCUUAAAGGAACAGCAGGGGGCCGAAGAGAAGAAGGAAAUGAAUAUCAUAGAACUGAGCCACAAAAAAAUGAUGAAGAAAAGGAAUAAAAAGAUAUUUGACAAUUGGAUGACAAUCCAAGAACUGCUGACCCAUGGCACAAAGUCACCCGACGGCACAAAAGUUUACAACAACUUCCUGUCGGUGACUACUGUAUAAUCUUCCGGUGCCAAAGUUGUGUACAUAAAACCCUACCGAUGGGGUAGAGAUUCCUGCCUCGUUAAAUGUGGCAACGCUCCCUCUCUUUUAUUGUAAAUAAAAGACACGUUCAUUGGCUUUAUACUUCAAAUACUGAACUCUGGGUGCAAAGGAGGAGAGAAAGAGUCAUCCACCCAAAAUCUCUUUUAAGGCAAUACGGAACAGACAGACCUUAUUUGGAAUACCAAUAGUACCUUUUUUUGUAACGUGUUACACUUUUACAUAAGAUGUUUUAAAUAACAGGAAAAGCAUAUUAAUCAUUACUUACACAGGUAAUAUCUUUUUAAACUAUAUUCAUAUUUUAAAAAGGUUACACAUGCAGAAACUCAAAAGACAACUUCAAAUAUGUAUUUUUAACAAAGCAGUAUUUUGCAAUAUAUCUUUGCUAUUGUGCCCUUUUUCUGCACAAGUUUCUGUUUUAUCAAUAUUUUAGCUGAACUACCAAACUCUUGAUAGAAUCAUUUUGCAGUAAUGUACACGAUUUCUCAAACCAGUUGUGUCUUUGGGGUUGUGCACUCAUACUGCUUUGCUCUAUGGCACAGCAUGCAUGCCCAAUUUGUGACCUACCAAGCCCAGUGCAGACCACUAGCCAGAUAGUGGGAUCUGUCCUGUGCUCAGUAAUGCACUCUGGGUGGGCUGUUUGGCAAGUCGCAAGUUGUAACGGUCUCUGUGUUGUGACUGCUGUGAAUGUCUGGGUAGCUGUAGCCCUCUUGCAGGGGGGCGAAGAGUGGUGGGAAACAGCAGAGGCAGCCCACUACCACAGCAGUUUGGGGACCGAAGACAACUAGGCACUACACUAAGCGCAUUAUGCACACAACCCCUUAAGAGUCCUGGCUAAGAGCUACACACUUUUCUUUUCUUUCUUUGCGGUUUCUGAAGGAAGUAUGUAGGUAUCACUUGAAAGAGCAGAAGCAAACUGCUGCAUGGUGCAGCCCUGAAACACUUUGAAGCAAGUUUGCCAAGGCUGUGGGCCUGUUGGAAGAAUGUGCAUGUGUGUCCAAUGUUUUUACAAGGCCGUUUUGUGUAAUUUGAAAUGCCCAUUGUAGUAGCUGUCUGCUUUGUAGAUUUGAAUGUAUUGAAAUUGAAAGCAGUUUUCAUGAAAUCAUGACUAGUUAUAAACAUUAACAAGUAAAUGAAGUUAAAAAAAUAAAUUAUUGUUUUAUAUUUC